AUGGACGUAUUUGCGUGGGACGCCUACGAGGCCCCAAGGGUUGAUUCGAGCUUCAUCUACCACCAUCUAAAUGUUAACCCAUCCGUUACUCCCAAGAAGCAACCACCUCGGCGCCUGUCAAAGGAACAUGCUAACGCUAUUAGGGACGAGUGGGGCUUGGAUAUCGUCGGGUCCUUUCUUAAGGCAGCAGGGAACAAAAGGUAUCUGCUUGUCGGCACUGACUACUUUACUAAAUGGGUUGAAGCUGAACCUUUAGCGAACAUCAGAGAUGUGGAUGCCAAAAAGUUCAUCUGGAAAAACAUUGUUACCCGAUUGGGGGUCCCUCACUCCCUCAUCUCGGACAAUGGUGUUCAGUUCGAUAGUAAGGCCUUCAGGAGGUACUGUUACGAAUUGGGAAUUAUGAAUAGAUAUUCUACCCCAACCUACCCCCAGGGGAAUGGACAAGCCGAGGCUGUUAACAAGGUCAUAGUGAACGGACUUAAGAAGAGGUUAGAUGACGCGAAGGGAAGAUAG